AUGGUGAAACUGCCCCAGCGCCAGGGCCUCCUCAUCCAGGCCAAGUGCCUCUUACGGCCAACUAAUCACAGCAGGGCCGCACUGGCUCUGUCCCCGCAGCUUGGACACUUCCCAAAUCGCUUCCUUCACAUCGGGGCCGAUUUGCUGGAGCCGCCUGUUGGAGCAGGAGUGCCGAGGUCGGGGGGGCUGGGGGGUGUGGGCGGAAACGCCGCCGCCGCCACCGCCAUCAGCAUCAGCAAAGCCAUCAACACGCAGGAGGCGCCCGUCAAGGAGAAGCAUGCCCGCCGGAUCAUCUUGGGGACGCACCAUGAGAAGGGAGCCUUCACCUUCUGGUCUUAUGCCAUCGGGCUGCCGCUGCCCAGCAGCGCCAUCCUCAGCUGGAAGUUCUGCCACGUCCUGCACAAGGUGCUGCGCGAUGGCCACCCCAACGUCCUGCAGGACUGCCAGAGGUAUCGGAGCAACAUCCGGGAGACCGGAGACCUGUGGGGCCACCUGCACGACAGGUACGGGCAGCUAGUGAGCAUCUAUGCCCGCCUGCUCCUCACCAAGAUCUCCUUCCAUGUCAAGCACCCCGAGUUCCCGCCAGGCCUCGAAGUGACGGAUGAGGUGCUGGAGAAGACGGCCGGUACCGACGUGAAUAACAUCUUCCAGCUGACGGUGGAGCUGUUCGACUACCUGGACUGGGAGCUGAAGCUGUCGGAGUCAGUGUUCCGGCAGCUGAACGCGGCCGUGGCCGUGUCGCAGAUGUCGGCGGUGCAGUGCCGCCUGGCCCCGCUCAUCCAGGUGAUCCAGGACUGCAGCCACCUCUACCACUACGCCGUCAAGCUCAUGUUCAAGCUGCACUCGUGUCUGCCGGCCGACACGCUGCAGGGCCACCGGGACCGCUUCCACGAGCAGUUUCGCAGCCUCAAGAACUUCUUCAAGCGGGCGUCCGACAUGCUGUACUUCAAGCGGCUCAUCCAGAUCCCCCGGCUGCCGGAGAGCCCCCCGAACUUUCUGCGGGCCUCCGCACUGGCCGAGCACGUGAAGCCGGUGGUCGUCAUCCCUGAAGAAGCUCCCGAGGAUGAGGAGCCGGAGACGCUCAUCGAAAUUGGCACAGCCCCUGCUGUGGAGCAGCCGGUGGUCACCUCAGAUAUAUUCGAGCAAACCUUUGGGCCGCCCAAUGGCCUCCGUGACGACAGGGACGCGCAGAUCGAGAGCCUGAAGAAGGAGGUAGACCUGCUUCGUGCCGAGAUGGAGAAAAUCAUGGAGAAAAUAAAGCUGGAGGCGCAGCGCUACAUCACGCAGCUCAAGGCGCAGGUGAACGGGCUCGAGGGCGAGGUGGAGGAGCAGCGCAAGCAGAAGCAGAAGGCGCUGGUGGACAACGAGCAGCUGCGGGACGAGCUGGAGCGGCUGCAGCGGGCCAAGCAGGACGGCGAGCGCUCGCAGCGCCUCUGCCUCGAGGCCGAGCGGAAAGCCAACGCCACGGAGCUGCGCUACACCAAGCUGAAGGAGAAGCACAGCGAGCUCAUCAACACGCACGCCGAGCUGCUGAGGAAGAACGCCGACACGGCCAAGCAGCUGACGGUGACGCAGCAGAGCCAGGAGGAGGUGGCGCGUGUCAAGGAGCAGCUGGCCUUCCAGGUGGAGCAGGUGAAGCGCGAGUCCGAGAUGAAGCUGGAAGACCAGAGCCUGCAGCUGGAGCAGCUGCGGCAGGAGCUGGAGGAGCGCAAGGACGAGCUGAGCCAGGCCCAGCAGUGCCUCAGCCAGGCCAAGCAGGCGGGCUCGGAGCUGGGUGCCCGCGUGGAGGCCCUGCAGGAGGAGAAGGAGCAGCUGCGGCGCGCGGCGGGCGAGAAGGAGUACUACCUGCUGAGCCGGGCGCAGGCGGCCCUGGAGUCCACCGUGGCGCUGGAGCAGGGCCACGCGCGCUACGUGGCCGCUGCUGCGGAUACCGCCGGGCUGGUGGGUGCCUUGGCCCUCUUCUCCCACCUCACUGCUGACACCAUCGUCAACGGCAGCGCCACGGCCCGCCUGGCUCCCCCGGACCGCGCCGACCGGCUGACCGAGACCUGCCGCCGCUGCGGCCAGCGCAGCCUCGACUACCUGGGCGAGCUGGCAGAGCCACAGUUGCUGAGCCAGGCCGAGCUGGGCGGCGUGCGGACGGCGCUCCAGGGUGUCCUCCGGCUGGCACAGGAGCUGAGGCCCAAGAGCUUGGACAUCAAGCAAGAGGAGCUGGGGGACAUGGUUGAGAAGGAGAUGGCCUCUACCUCAGCAGCUAUUGAAGAUGCUGUCCGGCGGAUAGAGGAGAUGAUGAGUCAGGCCAGGAACGAGAGCUCUGGUGUCCAGCUCGAGGUGAAUGAGAGGAUCCUAAACUCCUGCACAGAACUCAUGAAGGCAAUUCGGCUUCUUGUGAUGACAUCCACAAACUUGCAGAAGGAGAUAGUAGAAAGUGGCCGGGGGGCAGCAACGACGCAGGAGUUUUACGCCAAGAACUCGCGCUGGACUGAGGGGCUCAUCUCGGCCGCCAAGGCGGUGGGCUGGGGCGCCACGCAGCUCGUGGACGCGGCCGACCGCGUGGUGCUGCACACGGGCAAGUACGAGGAGCUCAUCGUGUGCUCGCACGAGAUCGCCGCCAGCACGGCACAGCUUGUGGCUGCCUCCAAGGUGAAAGCCGACAAGAGAAGCCGGAACCUGGGCAAGCUGCAGGAGGGCUCACGCGGCGUCAACGAGAUGGCCGCCAACGUGGUGGCCUCCACACGCUCGGGCCAGGAGCAGAUCGAGGAGAAAGACACCAUGGACUUCUCGGGCAUGUCCCUCAUCAAGCUGAAGAAGGAGGAGAUGGAGGCGCAGGUGAAGGUGCUGGAGCUGGAGAAGCGGCUGGAGGGCGAGCGCCGGCGCCUGGGUGAGCUGCGGCGGCAGCACUACGCGCUGGCCGGCCCCUGCGGUGAGGCCGAGGACGCCGAGGCCCGGCCGGCACCGGCACCGCGUCGCGGCAUCCUCAAGAAGCCGCCGCUGGCCCAGAAACCUGGGCACCUGCAGAAGCAGGACGAGCUGGAGCAAGAUGCUGACCUCUUUCAGGCUCACGUUAUAAACUUCUAG